UUUCUGUCUCGUCGCGUAUGCCUACCAGAACGUUUUCGCAACAAUUACAAUUACUGCUUGAACCGCUUCCAAGCGGUACCCAAUUCAAUGUUUACGACGUUCGCACCCAACCUACUCCAUGUCAGCUGUUUCGCGACGAGAAAACGACAUCGCAACACCACUUGAUCUUGGUUACAGGCACCACCAGCAUCAAAGAAGAGGCAGACAGCGCCAAUGAUGUACACCAUCAAGAUCUUCAACGGCAAGAACAAGGAGAAAAGCAACAGCAACUUGUGUGCGGUAUAGAAGCCGAUGAGUUCGAGACUGUGCAUUCCAAUGGUGUAAUCGAAAAGACUGUUUAUAUCGGUAAAGUCGAUACAACAGGCGCGUUCAAGGGCAUUGUUAGCAAAGUCGUUCGAGCGUAUAUUAAAAGCGUGUCGCCCUGUACCGUCCACGUGUUUGCUCGGUCGCAACGACAGUACCUUUUCCACCAGUCGGCGAAUAACAAUGAUAAACAGGUGCUCCCAGACCGCGAUCUGCUUCGUUGGUGGUACAAACUAUUGACAGUGUCCUUGGAGCAGACGAAACAAGAACAAAAGCCAACAAAGAAUACAACUACUACAACAACAGCGAAGUCCGGGUUAUUCGGAUCUUGGUGGAAGUGGAUGACAUCUGGAAGCAAGAACAGCAAUAACGCAUCAGCAUCUGUUAUGAGAAAGCAGCGGGUUGGAUGGUUGAGUAUUCCAAGUAUUGAUGAUGAGCAGUCUGCUAACUACGAAAUUGGACGGAAGAAAGACGCAUCAUCAUCAUCAUUAUGGAAAUACGGCUACCCAUAUGAUCCUGAAGCCGAGGCUGCCGAGGUCCUGCCACGAUUUGAAGACGACGCAAAAUCACGUCUACUCAAGUCAUUCAAGGGCAAUGAUGAUGACGACAAGAUGACUGUUAAAGACUUUUGGGCGACACUGGGUAUUACUGAAGAAUGUGGACAUCACCUUACUGGAUUUUUUGUGGUACAACUCGAUGAUGAGAGCGACAACACGGUGGAGAAGGAAGGUUGCAAGGAAAUUACUCGGGAUCGAUACACUCUACUUUGGAAUCACUUUAUGAACCUCAACUUUGAGGACGUGGCGAGCAACAAAAAGUCCACAGAAAAGUUUAUUGCAAAGUGGAAGGCAAUGGACCUAGAUGAGUGUACGGUGAUCCACACCAACGGGCCUGCACGCCCUGUUACCACAAUUGGCGAAACCACCACAGCAGCUUCUUCGUCUGCAGCACCAACAACAGAACCAAAGCAUAUUAAUGUACUGCCUACCUUGAGCAUCAAGCGCCGUAAUCCACCAAGCAAUGAAAAAGUAAAUGUAUUAUCAUCAACCUCGAUCCGACGCAAACGAACACUCAAAGAAACAGGUGGCGAGUCUGACAAAGCUCAAAUUCUGACCGAUAACAAUGCUGCAACACCAAUAGAGCAAAGUAAAAAGUCGCGUACUUCAUAAAGUACUUUCUCACUUCAUUGAUUACACCCUUCCAAAUCCAUUUUUAACACCUUUAUGCCAUACAAACUGCAUUAAUUCUCCCGCCUUGUAAUAUAUGUGUAAGUGGAUCAAUAAACCAUACGAUCUUAUUAAUAAGC